CUGGUGAGAGUGGGUGUGCCCCGAUACUGUCAAGUUUUGAUGACACACACAUAAUUCCACAGAGCCGGUUACCUCAGACAGAGAACGGACAGUCAUGGGAAAGACAGAUGGAAGAGGCGACUUUGAAUGGGUCUACAAUGACCAGCCGCACACUUCAAGAAGAAAAGAAAUUCUGGCCAAAUAUCCAGAGAUCAAAUCCCUGAUGGGUCCGGAUCCCCAGCUGAAGUGGGUGGUAUCAGGCAUGGUCCUGACCCAGCUCCUGGCCUGCUACCUGGUCCAAGACCUCUCCUGGAAGUGGAUCAUAUUCUGGGCUUACGCCUUCGGAGGCUGCAUUAACCACUCCCUGACUCUGGCUAUCCAUGACAUCUCUCACAACGUGGCCUUUGGGAACAAGCUAGCGAAGUGGAACCGCUGGUUUGCCAUAUGGGCCAACCUGCCCAUCGGGUUGCCUUACUCUGCCUCCUUUAAGAAGUACCACAUCGACCACCAUCGGUAUCUUGGUGGCGACCAGCUGGAUGUUGACAUCCCUACAGACAUUGAGGGAUGGUUCUUCUGCACCCCGGCCAGGAAGGUCCUCUGGCUCUUCCUCCAGCCCUUCUUCUACGCCUUCCGCCCUUUGGUGGUCAAUCCUAAACCAGUGGGUCAACUGGAGAUCCUUAAUGCAGCUGUUCAGUUCACAGUGGACUUAAUUAUCUACUAUCUAUGGGGGCUGAAGCCCAUUGUUUACCUCAUUGCAGGUUCUAUCCUGUGUUUGGGACUGCAUCCUAUCUCUGGACAUUUCAUAGCUGAGCAUUACAUGUUCCUGAAGGGACACGAGACAUAUUCUUACUAUGGACCACUGAACUGGAUCACCUUCAAUGUUGGAUAUCACAUGGAGCACCAUGACUUCCCCAGCAUACCUGGCAGUAAACUUCCUCAGGUCAAGCAAAUUGCAGCAGAGUAUUACGACUCCUUACCUCAACACACUUCCUGGAUCCGGGUGUUAUGGGACUUUGUUUUCGACGACCGCAUCGGUCCAUACGCUAGAAUCAAACGGGACUACAAGCUAAGCAAGCAGGAAUAGAUCUGUCAUGUUUCCCCUUGACCAGGAAUGUGAAUUUCUGCCGUUAACAAUCUAUGGACUAUAAAAUGUAAUUACAUAUAUUCUCUAGUUUAAAUGGAUAUUAUCCUCCAUGAAGGGUGUGGAUGUCACUGUACGUAAACAUUCUAACAUGUUGGGACAUCUUAAAUCAAUCCUGUGCUUGAGUUACUAUAGGGCAAAUGAAUGUGCACAUUUCAGUUGCAUACAUACGCAGCACAUGGAAAUUGGAAGAGAAUUCAGAGACAGCUAGAUAGUUUACUUACCCCACUAUUUAUUCUUGUUUUUUUCCUGCUAUAAACAGAUGGGCCAUCUUUGUGACACAGUGAUGACAUUUCCUUGUAUCCAGAAGGCACUGAGAAUGGCAAAAGGAAGAUGAGAAGCUAAUAUAUUUCAACAGAAAAAAAAAAAUCCUUAUAGGAUAAAGGUUACACACAUUCUCAUGAGGUUUGAUAGAGAUUGCACUUUCCUUUUUUCUGCCUACAAGCAUUACGUCUUCUGAAUUUCUGAAUGUGAAAGAAAAGGCACACAAAGCCUGUCGGAUUACCUAAAUUAAUUUUGAAUCCUCUGUGCAGAACAGUGCUGAGGUGGAAAAUAAGCAUUGAAACUUACCUUUCAGUAAGAAGAGCCUUUUUCAUCAGUGAAACCAAUUCUGCUUGUUCGCAGCUCCAUCAUGCUGUAAACUGUUUGAUUACAUCUACAGGGAGUGGACA